AUGAGUAGGACUAUAAUUACUGGCAACCUCAAUCAACAACAUAUGGACAAGUUGAUUGAUGAUGAUAAUAGCGUGCAUGACGCUAUUAUUGAUCCAACAGUGGCAACCAAGAACAGCGAACAGCUAGCGCAGUUAAAUACAAUUUCUCAAGAAAACUUGAAUACUUCAACUGAUCACAAAUCACAAUCUGGAGACAACGCUACAGAGUCAACGGAUGACUCCGUCAAUCAAAGAAGAACUCCGUUGUCAGAAGAAAGAAAUUUAAAGAAAAUUAUUAGCUGCCCGCAAAUUUUAUACAGCUCUUACGACGAUAACAAAACUGCGAACAAAACUAUUUCCAACGAUAUAACAAAUAACUCGACACCAAAUAGCUGUAGUAACUCAGAUAGUCAUUCCGACGAAUUAGCUACUGCAAACGUUGCAUUAAAUAAACAGAAUAUCGACAGAAUACAGGAAGACAGUCUUAGCGACAAUCAGACCAUGAAAAUGGUUCGUGAAGAUCAUCAUUCGAUGAGAGCUGGCGCUACUUCCUUGCCGUCGCUAACAAAUGCUUCUCACAUCACUAAUGGUGAUUCAAGCGAUAACCGGUCAUCCGUUUCGCUCGAGAAUAUCCUAAAAAAGACCAGCAAGUCGUCUAGGCAGUCUAGAAAACCACGUAGUAUCAGUGUCGAUUCUCUAACUCCUCCGCGGCAUUUAAGCACGCCUCAUAGUGAAACUUCAGAUGACGAUUUAUCGGACGAUUAUGAAGAACAACGUAAGCCAAAAAAGUCCAAGCGGUAUGCAGCAAUCAAGGCGUUUAAUUCACCAUUUAAAAUUAAAGAAUCCUAUAGGGUUUUUGGGUAUAACAAACUACGUAGAGUAUGCAUGUAG